AUGUUAGUUGAACAAAUAAAUUUAUAUUCGUUCCAAAGAAGUCAAAAAACUGGAAAACCUUAUACUCAAACUAAUAUUCAAGAGCUAAAGACUUUUUUUGGUAUAAAUUUGUUGAUGGGUAUAAAACGUAUGCCCAGCUAUAGGGAUUAUUGGUCAUCGCAUCCAGAUCUCCACGACUCUUACAUCAGUAGUUUAAUGACAGUUAAUCGCUUUGGAUGGUUACUUUCGUCAUUACACAUAAAUAAUAAUGUGAUGAUGCCUAAACGAGGUGAAACGGGAUAUGACAAACUUUAUAAAGUAAGACCUUUUUUAACAAAAAUCAAACAAAAUUUUCAAAAAUAUUACAAUCCGCACCGUAUAGUCGCAGUUGAUGAAUCAAUGAUCAAGUUUAAAGGGAGAUCUACUUUAAAACAGUACAUGCCCAAUAAACCUAUAAAAAGGGGCUAUAAAGUUUGGUCAUUAGUGGAUCAGAAAGGAUACUUAUGGAAUUUUGAUAUGUAUAUUGGAAAAGUUAGUGAUACUGUUCAAAUAGAUCUCGGAGGUAGUGUUGUUAAAAAUUUGUCUCUUCCCAUACAAAAUAAAAACCAUUGUUUAUACAUGGAUAAUUUUUUUACAAAUUCAACAUUAAAAAUUGGUGAUUAUGAUUGGGAAAUGAGCGAUCAAAAUGAUGUAUCAAUUAUAAAGUGGAAAGAUAAAAGAAUUGUCAAUUUAUUGUCAAAUUUCCACGAUCCUAAAAAUGUAACUCAUGUAAAACGUAAGGCAAAAGACGGAACCGUCUCUAUGAUUCCGUGCCCAAUUGUGCUUCAAGAUUAUAAUUCUAACAUGAAUUGUGUUGAUAAAUUCGACCAAAAUAAAAAAACAUAUCAAAUUGAUAGGAAAAGUCAAAAAUGGUGGCACCAUAUUUUUUUCUUUUUUUUCGAUGCUACAAUUGUAAAUGCUCGUAUUCUGUACAAUGAAAUUACUAAUGAAAACAUGAGUAUGAAAGAAUUUCGUCGUAAUGUGUCAAGGGAUCUGGUAGCUAAAACUUUAGUUGAAAAACGCCGUAGUUCAACAGAUUCACCAGUCACACCUAAACAUUUAAAAAAAGGUAGUCCGGCAGUACCUAAAGAAGUUCGCUUAGAGCAGUCAGCCCAUCAGCCACUAAGAUCAACGAGGAGAAGGUGUAACAAUUGUAGUUCCAAAAAAAAAGAAAUAAGAACUGACUGGAUGUGUUCAAUCUGUGAAGUGCCACUAUGUUUAGGAAAAAACAGGAACUGUUUUGCUGAAUAUCAUAAAAUUUAA